AUGGAUACCAAAGACGGCGACGAUACCAACACCAUUGCCUCUGUGCAGCUUAAUGAAACGAGAGAUACAUUACAGCAGCAAUCAAUAUCAAAAAGUAACCAAGGCGAGACGAUCGAAAAGGUCCAAUCAAUACCCCAAGCCGACAAAGAGGAUGGGAAAAAAGAUGUCAACCUCGAAACACCACCUUCUUCAGACGAAGCGAAACCAAAAACUCGAUCACGACGGAUAUUUGAGCGCAUUCGAUUUGUGCUACUCGUUAUUGGUAUUAUCUUAUCCAUGUUUAUGAUUUCACUCAAUUCUACGGUUGUGGCGCCUGCAAUGAACAUUAUUGCAACCGAGCUUGAUGCAGUUGCUCAACAGACUUGGAUCGCCACAUCAUACCUUGUGGCAAUGAAUUCUUUUCAAGGCCUAGCGGGGAAGUUUUCGGACAUCUUUGGCAGAAAACCCGUUGUGCUAUUCGGAACGAUUUUGUUUGUAGUGGGAUCCAUCGUUAAUUCAACCACGCCUACGAUCAAUGGCUUAAUUGCAGGAAGAACAGUUCAAGGAUCAGGGGCAGGUUGUGUGAUAUCGAUGCUCUUUGUUAUUGUCACGGACAUUGUACCAUUACAUUUGCGACCUCGAUUUCAAUCUAUGCUCACGGUCAUCUAUGGGUUGAGUUCUGUCAUUGGGCCUCUCAUGGGUGGUGCCUUUGUUGAUCAUGUGACAUGGCGAUGGGAUUUCUGGAUCAAUGUCAUUAUCGGUGGAUGCACCACUGUCAUUCUCACUUUCUUAUUCAAGGAACCUGCCAAGGUCGCCAAAAGCUCAUUUUGGGUCAAGUUCAAGCGAAUCGACUUUUUGGGAACUCUCUUCUCCAUUGGAUUGAUCUGUUGUUUAUUGCUCGCUCUCAACUUUGGAGAUCAAUUCGGAUGGAAUACACCUCAUGCGUAUGGUCCCUUCAUUGGUGCUGCCGUCUCUCUCAUUAUGCUCAUCACUUCCCAAGGAUGGAUCUCACAUGAACCGCUCAUGCCACGACAAGUCGUCCUCAAUCCUGCCAUUUUCGUGGUGUAUCUUUACAUGAUGUGCCUUGGAUUAAGCUUUAUUGGCACGCUUUACUUUGGUCCAAUCCUUUUCCAAGCUGUUUUUGGGGCAUCUUCCACUUCUUCAGGCAUAAGACUUAUCCCUUACAUGGCUCUUCUUAUUGUGGGAUCAGUGGGCAGUGGCUUCCUUCUCCCUCGCUUCCGACGCUUGAAGUAUUACCUGAUGUUUGGCGCCGCAUCCAAUCUCCUUGGUUACGGUCUCUUUUUCACCGUGAACGAGAACAGCAAUUGGGGUCAGCAAGCUUGCUAUUUAACAUUCUGUGGUCUUGCAUUCGGCUUAUCACAACAAAAUGCCAUUCUCGCUGUACAACAAGUGGCUCCAAAGGAGUACAUUGCCAUUGCCACCACAUUGGUCAACUUUUUCAUGAUGCUUGCUUCCUCAGUGGGCAUUGCUAUUUUCCAAACGCUCUACGUGACAUUCUUGCAAGGACAAGCUUCAGGUCUCGAUCCAGAUGUCAUGGCACUAGCAAAGAAAUAUGGUGCACUUGAGAAUUACCUAUAUAUCCGUGAUAUGCCAACCGAGGCACAGCUACCUGUCAUUCAAUGUUACAUGCGUGCGUUGCAUACUGUUUUCAUUCUCCCACUCGCUGUGGCUGGUCUCGGUCUCAUAUGCACGCUUUUCAUCAAAGAUGUGCGGUUCAUGGGUCAAGGUGUGGCUAAACCAAAGGAUGAAGAACAAGGCAACACGAUGGCAGAAAAGGAUCAUGAUGACGAUGCAAAGGAUAUGGAUAAUGCAUCCGUUGUCGUGCAACCUGAAGACAAACAAAAGCAAUCAUUGUCGACAUCUCAAUGCGAGGAAGACCAUGGAGAAUGCCAAACCACUAUUCGAUAG